AUGGGUACAGUGCUGUCGCUGUCUCCCAGCUACCGGAAGGCGGCGCUGUUUGAGGACGGCCCGGCCACGGUCGGCCACUACACCGCCGUCCAGAACAGCAAGAACGCCAAGGACGCCGCGGCCGCCGCUAAGUCCCUCAAGCGUCCGUCCAUCAUCAGCGUGCUGCCAUGGAAGAGAAUCGUGGCUGUUUCUGCAAAGAGGAAGGGCUCCAAGAAGCUCCAGUCCGAGGGCGGGGAGGGGGGGAAGGGAAGCUCUCCGGACGGGCACGCCACCGCCACCUCAGCCUGCGACAUCCUCCAGCUGAAGAAGUCUCAGUCCUGCGCCAACCUGUCAUCGUACACGUCCGGCCAGGACCCGUCAGGCACCAGCACCACUACCUCCUCACACCUGCCCACCUCCAAGACCCUGGCCAACGUGGCUGUCGCUGCUAAGAAGAACUCCCUCACAGGCUCGGGGAUCCAGCCGGCCACAGUGGGCACGCCGAAACGUGUCAUCGUCCAGGCCUCCACCAGUGAACUGAUGCGCAGCCUGGGUGAGUUCCUGUGCCGUCGGUGUUACCGACUGAAGCGUCUCUCCCCCACGGAUCCGGUGCUGUGGCUGCGCAGCGUGGACCGCUCCCUCCUGCUGCAGGGCUGGCAGGACCAGGGCUUCAUCACCCCGGCCAACGUGGUCUUCCUCUACAUGCUGUGCCGCGACGUGGUCUCCUCAGAGGUGGCCUCGGAGCGCGAGCUGCAGGCCUCGCUGCUCACCUGCCUCUACCUGUCCUACUCCUACAUGGGCAACGAGAUCUCCUACCCGCUGAAGCCCUUCCUGGUGGAGGCGGAGAAGGAGGCCUUCUGGGACCGCUGCCUGGAGAUCAUCAACCGCAUGAGUGGCAAGAUGCUGCAGAUCAACACCGACCCGCACUACUUCACUCAGGUGUUCGCUGACCUGAAGAACGAGAGCAAGAAAGAGGAGGAGAAGACCAAGCUCCUCAUAGGCAUCGACCGAUAG